AUGCAUUGUGGUUCUCCUGGUGGUGGUGGUGGUUCGCCUUGUCGUCUUUGGUGUUCUCUUGGUAGUUCUUCUUGUUGUUGUUGUUCUUCUGGUUGGUUUCUUAGUUGUGGUUCUCCUGGUGGUGGUGGUGGUUCGCCUUGUCGUCUUUGGUGUUCUCUUGGUAGUUCUUCUUGUUGUUGUUGUUCUUCUGGUUGGUUUCUUAGUUGUGGUUCUCCUGGUGGUGGUGGUGGUGGUUCGCCUUGUCGUCUUUGGUGUUCUCUUGGUAGUUCUUCUUGUUGUUGUUGUUCUUCUGGUUGUUGUUGUUCUUCUGGUUGGUUUCUUAGUUGUGGUUCUCCUGGUGGUGGUGGUGGUGGUGGUUCGCCUUGUCGUCUUUGGUGUUCUCUUGGUAGUUCUUCUUGUUGUUGUUGUUCUUCUGGUUGUUGUUGUUCUUCUGGUUGGUUUCUUAGUUGUGGUUCUCCUGGUGGUGGUGGUGGUUCGCCUUGUCGUCUUUGGUGUUCUCUUGGUAGUUCUUCUUGUUGUUGUUGUUCUUCUGGUUGUUGUUGUUCUUCUGGUUGGUUUCUUAGUUGUGGUUCUCCUGGUGGUGGUGGUGGUUCGCCUUGUCGUCUUUGGUGUUCUCUUGGUAGUUCUUCUUGUUGUUGUUGUUCUUCUGGUUGUUGUUGUUCUUCUGGUUGGUUUCUUAGUUGUGGUUCUCCUGGUGGUGGUGGUGGUUCGCCUUGUCGUCUUUGGUGUUCUCUUGGUAGUUCUUCUUGUUGUUGUUGUUCUUCUGGUUGUUGUUGUUCUUCUGGUUGGUUUCUUAGUUGUGGUUCUCCUGGUGGUGGUGGUGGUGGUUCGCCUUGUCGUCUUUGGUGUUCUCUUGGUAGUUCUUGUUGUUGUGGUUCUCCUGGUGGUGGUGGUGGUUCGCCUUGUCGUCUUUGGUGUUCUCUUGGUAGUUCUUCUUGUUGUUGUUGUUCUUCUGGUUGUUGUUGUUCUUCUGGUUGGUUUCUUAGUUGUGGUUCUCCUGGUGGUGGUGGUGGUUCGCCUUGUCGUCUUUGGUGUUCUCUUGGUAGUUCUUCUUGUUGUUGUUGUUCUUCUGGUUGUUGUUGUUCUUCUGGUUGGUUUCUUAGUUGUGGUUCUCCUGGUGGUGGUGGUGGUGGUUCGCCUUGUCGUCUUUGGUGUUCUCUUGUUGUGGUUCUCCUUGGUGGUGGUGGUGGUUCGCCUUGUCGUCUUUGGUGUUCUCUUGGUAGUUCUUCUUGUUGUUGUUGUUCUUCUGGUUGUUGUUGUUCUUCUGGUUGGUUUCUUAGUUGUGGUUCUCCUGGUGGUGGUGGUGGUGGUUCGCCUUGUCGUCUUUGGUGUUCUCUUGGUAGUUCUUCUUGUUGUUGUUGUUCUUCUGGUUGUUGUUGUUCUUCUGGUUGGUUUCUUAGUUGUGGUUCUCCUGGUGGUGGUGGUGGUGGUUCGCCUUGUCGUCUUUGGUGUUCUCUUGGUAGUUCUUCUUGUUGUUGUUGUUCUUCUGGUUGUUGUUGUUCUUCUGGUGGUAGUUGUGGUUCUCCUGGUGGUGGUGGUGUUCGCCUUGUCGUCUUUGGUGUUCUUGUAGUUCUUCUUGUUGUUGUUGUUCUUCUGUUGUGGUUCUCCUGUGGUGGUGGUGGUGGUUCGCCUUGUCGUCUUUGGUGUUCUCUUGGUAGUUCUUCUUGUUGUUGUUGUUCUUCUGGUUGUUGUUGUUCUUCUGGUUGGUUUCUUAGUUGUGGUUCUCCUGGUGGUGGUGGUGGUGGUUCGCCUUGUCGUCUUUGGUGUUCUCUUGGUAGUUCUUCUUGUUGUUGUUGUUCUUCUGGUUGUUGUUGUUCUUCUGGUUGGUUUCUUAGUUGUGGUUCUCCUGGUGGUGGUGGUGGUGGUUCGCCUUGUCGUCUUUGGUGUUCUCUUGGUAGUUCUUCUUGUUGUUGUUGUUCUUCUGGUUGUUGUUGUUCUUCUGGUUGGUUUCUUAGUUGUGGUUCUCCUGGUGGUGGUGGUGGUGGUUCGCCUUGUCGUCUUUGGUGUUCUCUUGGUAGUUCUUCUUGUUGUUGUUGUUCUUCUGGUUGUUGUGGUUCUCCUGGUGGUGGUGGUGGUGGUUCGCCUUGUCGUCUUUGGUGUUCUCUUGGUAGUUCUUCUUGUUGUUGUUGUUCUUCUGGUUGUUGUUGUUCUUCUGGUUGGUUUCUUAGUUGUGGUUCUCCUGGUGGUGGUGGUGGUGGUUCGCCUUGUCGUCUUUGUUGUGGUUCUCCUGGUGGUGGUGGUGGUUCGCCUUGUCGUCUUUGGUGUUCUCUUGGUAGUUCUUCUUGUUGUUGUUGUUCUUCUGGUUGUUGUUGUUCUUCUGGUUGGUUUCUUAGUUGUGGUUCUCCUGGUGGUGGUGGUGGUGGUUUCGCCUUGUCGUCUUUGGUGUUCUCUUGGUAG